AUGGACAAGUUCGCGUCUGAAGAGGAAAGAGAGUCCAGUGAUGGCUUUGAAAUAGUCCUGCACGAUACGGAGGAUGCGCUUGUGCAGAACGCAGAGCUAUUGGAGACAUACACAGUGGAGUGCGAUAACUUGACAGAUAAGCCGUGGAACAAGCCGGGAGAAGACAUAACAGACUACUUUAACUACGGGUUCAAUGAGCACACAUGGAAGGAGUACCUAGCCAAGCAGAAAAGGCUCAGAGACGAGUACCACACCAAGCCCAGAAAAAAAGACAGAGAAAGAGACUGGAGGGACGAUAGAAGAAGAAAGCUGUAA